AUGCGCUUCGUCCACCUCCUUGUCGCGCUCAGCCUCGGUGCCUGGGACACCGCCGAUGGCACCUGCGCCAACUUGUGCUCGGGGCAUGGCACUUGCGGCGCUGCCAACAAAUGCACGUGCUUUACCAAUUGGAUGGGCGCCGACUGCUCGAGCCGCGCCUGCCGAAGGCAUCGCCUGGUCCGACAGGCGUCGGCGACCAACACGGCCCACGCGAUGAUGGAGUGUUCGAACCGUGGGACGUGCGACUACAUCAAGGGCGUGUGCACGUGCGCCGACGGGUUCGCCGGGGACGCGUGCCAGCGAAGUGUGUGCUUGAACUCGUGCUCGGGCCAUGGCAUGUGCCAAUCGACGGCCAUGAUGGCACUCGCGUACGGCCGAGACAUUGGUACUGGGUCAGGCCCAACGUAUACCAACUGGGAAGCCAACUCGAUGAUGGCGUGCUUCUGCGACUACGGAUACCAGGGGCCCGACUGCUCGCUGCGCCUGUGCCCCCAAGAACGACGACCCGCUCACGACAGGCCAGACGUACCAGAGUGUCGUGCUGAGCAUCGCCGGUGCAGGGUCGGCGCUCGCGGGUACCGUGACGUUCACGUUCAACGGGCGCUCUGUGACGAUGCCGGCGAAUGGCAACGCCAACUCGGAUGCAAUUUGCGCGGCGGCGAUCACCAGCCUUACCAACGUCGGGAGUGCGACAUGCGUGCAAGGCCCUAUCGACGGCACAACGGGCGGUGCGUCGUAUACGAUUUCGUUCACGUCGUGGCCAAUGACGCCGGUGGAAAACAACGUGUUUACGCACAACGGAAACCCGGCGCUCGGUCAAUUCAGCUGCAAUGUGCUCGGUGUCACGAGCAGCAACACGCCGUCGUGCAGCCUUGUCGACGGCAACACGGCCAACCUCGUCGAAUACGCGUUUUGCUCGAACCGCGGCAUUUGCAACUUUGCCACGGUCUCUGCACGUGCUUUAUGGACUACAAGGCGAUCGACUGCCACCAGCCUAGUAACAUCCCCGACAAUCUGGACGAGCACGACGGGUUCCUCAUCGAGCCAACGGGGCCGACGUACCGAGGCACAGCGCUGCGCAUCCAUACCAUCAAAGGAAGCGCGACGGACUUUCAGAUGAUUCGGAUCGAAGCGGGCGCGGUUACGCUCUUCUAUAUGGACGGCGCGGGCCACACAUACUGGAGCGCCGGCAACGUCCGGAUCCAAUCGGGCACUCUGUUUUCGUCGACGGCGGCGCGACCGGUGUCUGCCUCGGUUCAAAGUGCUGCCGUCCUUGGUCUCGUCGCAGGACACGCUUCGUACGCGAGCGAUGUGCUGCAGCUCCAAGCCACUCGCGCGGGCUCCAGUGCGUUCAACUUGAUUGCUGCCUCCACGUCUGGGCUGUCGACGGCGGUGUUUGAUGUGCGUGGCGACGGCCGGACUACUGUCCGUCUUGGUGGUUUCGAGGUGCUCUCGGGGGGCGCCACGAUCACCGACACGACAACGUCGGCGACGACGACGACGGUUCGAAACACGAACGCCGCGUUCACAGGCACGGUGCUGUCCGUUUUGGCGACAACGGCGUCAGCUUACCCCGCGGCGGACUACUUCUUACUCACAUGCACGGCCACAACGGCGGCGCCAGUGUGA